GGGAUGGAAGGAGUAUCUGCAGAGAAAGACAUUCACGUAAAUCGACGUACGAGACACAAUUAGGUAGUAGAACCGAUGCAACCAAUUUAUAAGCAUAACAUUACCAAGCAACACGCGAGAUAAUGGCGUUGCCAUGGUAUUGCAUCAUUCGCAAAAUGGAAUCUAUUGUACUGUAGGGGAGAAGCCAUCUGGCAAAAUCGGCUCGGAAGAGAUCGGUUGCCGAAAAUCUAAAGCAACUGUACCUUUUUUGAUGGCAGCUUGCAAGUUGGUGCAAGACAAAUGUGUAUCGGACUGUGAUGGUGCUUUCGGGGUGUUGAGCAACUGUCGCUGUCGGAGAAUCAAAGGACGGAUAACUUUGGACGUCCGUUUGGAAAUUUUCAAACAUCAAGGGCGGCAAGGGAGGCAAUGGAAACAAGUGCAAGUUGCACGCUAUGGAUCACCUACCUGCAUCUUCAUUAUGAGUGUCAGACAGCCAUCGAGUAAUCAGCAACAAAAAAAUUCAGCCUCCAAGUAUGAUUUCGUAAAAGUGCGCGUUCACUUAUCGGAGCAACAUUACUACGUACUGUCGCGGUUUCUCUUGUGUCGAAUGCUUACAGCGGCCCGAAUCGAAUACGGCCAUGCCUUACGAAUCGCCCUUGAUCUGAAGAAAAGGCUCGUCGAUAAAGCUCAGCUCGAUAUUUCGCAGCAGGAUCUGCAGAAGGAGCUGUUCGAUCUGUUCAAGGACCACGGUUAUGGCGCAGCUCAUGUUCAGUGGUAUAAAACCAUGGCAAGCUUCCAUCAUCAACGCAUUCCACUUGUUGUUCUCUUGGCUGGUACAGGAGCAACAGGAAAAUCCACGAUUGCUACUCGUCUUUCUGAGCGCUUAAAUUUAUCAUCCGUGUUAAAGACCGACGUGAUCUAUGAUUUGAUGCAUACGAUUAUCGAUGGUGUGAUACCCCCACGGAUAUGGGAUUUGCCGGAGCAAGGUCGAUGGGAACAGAUUAUUGAUAACGAAUGCUCAUUGGUGUGUCGAGGGUUGGACGCCGAUUUGUGCAAAUCGGUGACCGAUGGGAAAUCCAUCAUUAUCGAAGGCGAGCUCGUGAAUCAUGAAUUACUCGAUCAUAUGCAAAGUUAUAUCCAACAGAAAGCUGUGGGCCAACCGGUUAUCGUCACAGCUUUUCUGUUAACAAUAUCCGAUUCAGUUUCUCAUCGGCAACUCAUCAGCGAGACGCGAAAUCCGUCCAACGAUGACCACCUCGAUGCCAUAUUCCAGCGAAUCCAGAGCUGGCAAACAAGGCUACAAACCAUCAACACUGGACGUGAAAAAGAGGGUGCGCCUUCAUUUACGACCAUCUGCAUCGAGAUGGACAAAUUCUCCGCUUCCAUAGAUCUGAUCCAGUCGAUCAUUUUACAACGCAUCGCUAUGGAGAUGGGCAAUACACACUGAAAGUAGUUUCUUUUUCUUUUGUAUUUAUUAGAAUUAUUCCAGUUCAAAUGGGUGAAAUUAUGUCAAGGCACAGAGUUUCUAAUUUUAAAUCAAAACGUUAAAAGGGGUAGACACAUAAAGGUUUAGCAAGUUUUCUAUUUCUCGUAGCCAAUCACGGAGUGGCAUGAGCGAAGGGUGGCCAUCCAAGGGCCCAUUAA